GUUAAAAUUCAGUAACUAGUCUCAAAACAACUUUCAAAAGCCCUUCAACUCUAUUCGUGUACUGGAUCCCAGUCUUUGCAGUAUGAACAGUCCAUAGGUAGCAAUGCUGGUUGCGGAGUAGACUGGCAAAAUCCUCUAUAUCGAGUUUACCGCCAACCAAUCUGGGCCUCACGCGCAGAUCCGGUCAUGUCUGCGCUCAACUUGUCGUCCUCGACGUCCACUUCUCAAAUGGGAGGGUGAAUUUGUUAUAACCAUUGCUCGGGAGUGGAAAGAGAGAAUUCAAAUAUCAGCUUCAGCUUAGUUCCGUUUUGUGUUCAAACUUCCAAGAAAAGAAACCGAAAUAGAGAGAAAGAAACCGCCAUGACUGGAGCACCCUCAUCCUCGACAUGUCGCUCUCCCCAGACCCUCUCAUCGCCCCCAGCGGUUCCCUGAACCACCACUCUCGCUACACGCACCGCCACCUACAGCUCCUAAGGCACUGCUCACCCUCGUCGCCGCUGCGCGUCAUCGCGCACGUCGACCUAGACGCUUUCUACGCGCAAUGCGAGAUGGUGCGUCUUCAGACGCCGCGCGAGGCGCCCCUCGCCGUGCGACAGUGGGACUCCCUAAUCGCCAUUAACUAUCCUGCACGGGAGUUUGGGAUUACCAGGCUGAUCGCCGCGAGGGAAGCCCAGAAGCUGUGUCCGCAGAUUACCCUCCAGCAUGUCGCGACGUUCCGGGAGGGCGAGGGCGGGAAGUGGGCGUAUCGUGAUGAUGCGUUCAAGCGGGUGGCUACGGAUAAGGUGUGUUUGGAUCCGUAUCGUGCGGAGUCGAGGAAGAUUUUGAAGGUCAUGAAGGAGGAGCUGUCAAGGUGGCAUGAGAGUGUGGUGGGGGGUGGUGAUGGACCUCAUGUACCGGAGGCUGGGCUGGAGAAGGCUAGCGUUGAUGAGGUGUUUAUGGACUUGUCGUCGCUGGUCUAUGGCGUGCUUUUGCAGAGGAAUCCUGAGCUAAGGAUGGAAUCGCAUCAGGAUGAGAGAGUGGCGGCGUUGCCGCGUCCGCCUACGACGGCUGUGGAGUGGAACCAGGCUGAUUGCCUUGUGGACUUGGAUGAGGCUGAGACGGAGCUGGAAGACCCUGACUGGGAUGAUAUUGCCAUGGUGAUUGGGGCGGAGAUUGUGCGAUCAGUUCGAGCAGCCGUAUGGGACAGGCUGCAGUAUACCUGCUCUGCGGGCGUCGCCCGGAACAAGAUGAUGGCUAAAUUGGGGAGCUCCACCAACAAGCCGGACAAACAAACUAUCGUGCGGAACCGCGCCGUGCAGAACUUCCUUGGCGGGUUCAAGUUCACCAAGAUCAGAAUGCUCGGAGGCAAGCUUGGGGAGGAAGUAGCCGCGCAUUUCGGGACAGAGCAAGUCAGCGAGUUGCUGCAGGUCCCCCUGGAACAGUUUCGGGCGAAAUUAGACGACGGCACGGCCUCCUGGAUAUACAACAUUAUCCGCGGAGAGGACAAGAGCGAAGUCAAUUCCAGGACGCAGAUCAAAUCGAUGUCGUCUGUCAAGGCAUUCCGCCCGAGUAUCAAUUCUGUCGAUCAAGCUGAGAAGUGGCUGCGGAUUUUUGCGGCUGACAUUUAUGGUCGUCUUGUCGAGGAUGGGAUCCUGGAACAUCGUCGACGCCCGCGGACCGUUACUAUACAUCACAGGCAAGGAUCUCAGGCCCGCUCGCGUCAGCUGGCUAUCCCCAGUGCGGCACCGAUUGACGACGACCUGCUCUUUGAGCUUGGCAAGACCUUACUACGACAGGUUGCGGGCGAUGGGAACCUUUGGCCGUGCGGAAACCUGUCCUUGAGUGUUGGUGGGUUCGAAGAAGGCGUUGCGAAAAACAAAGCAAUUGAUGCAUUUCUCCUCCGAGGCAGCCAGGCUAGAGAUGUCAGUAUCCCCGCAAGAAACAGCGAGCAGAGCGAUGCACCAGAGUCACAACAGCGCAACGAGAAGCGCAGGAAAAUCGAAGACGACGGUAUCAAACGCUUCUUUAACAAACCCGUCGGCGACGAGCCGAAGCCCCAUCCCAGCGACUUCGAGCCAGAAAAAACUGAAAGCGCGCAUCUCCUCGAGAAUGAUCGCUUAGAUACCACCUCGAUCGGGGUUUCCCCCGAUCCUUUCACCUGCGAUCGAUGCGGUAAGUCGCUACCGGACUAUGAAAAGGAUGAGCACGACGACUGGCAUUUUGCGAAAGACCUGGAGAGCGAAGAGAGGCAGGCAGCAAGGGCAUCGCAACAUGUGUCCAGUCCCGCCAACAGUCCCGGUCCGUCCAAUCCUCGUGGUAGAGGAGGCCGUCGUGGUCACGGUAAGCCUGAGAAAGGGCAGAAACGACUUGCGUUUGGAUAGUUGCGUGGCUGCACAUAUACCGGGGUUGAAUGGGACAUGGCUGUCUAAAAAUGGAUCUUGCGAAUAUGUGAGCCCUCUUGACCAGCCAAGAAUGACAGGCAUGGUCUAUAUACACUUUUUUUUAUGACCAGGGCAUACCCCAGUAACUGCCCAGUUGCCCGGUCAGCUGUUCCAUGGUUCCGAUUCGAUCUACCCAUGGUCAUAAUUUCCUCUAAAUCUAUAUAUAUAUAC